AUGUACUCCUCCUUGAGCUUUGCGUGCUCCCUGCUCAAUAUUGUUCUUCUAGCUGAUACGCGGUGGGGGGAGAAGAGGCGAGAGGAGGGAGAAGAGGAACGUGCCUCAAGGUCGUGGCUGCGACGGCCAAAGCGUGUCGCAUCCAGACAACGCCACGUUGGACUGCAUGCCAACGGCAUUUCAGUUUUUGUAGGCCUGUGGCAUGAGCCACUCGCCCAAGAGGUGGGGGGUGGCAAUUCAUUCGACUUCGUUUCCAAUUGCCAUUUCCACCUCAGUAACAAAAAAAAGUAUUUGCUUCCCCGUCUGCCACCGAUUGCUGUGGCCAUUCAGGACUACACCCCCGGUAGAUAA